AUGUAUUCUGGCACUGCAACAGAGAUAUGGCAGGAUCUGCGUGAGCGUUUUGCACAGAAGAAUGGACCUCGAGUUUUCCAGCUCCGUCGUGAAUUGAUGAGCCUCAAUCAGGGAUCGGACUCGGUAAGUGUUUACUACACAAAAUUGAAGACAAUUUGGGAUGAAUUGCUCACAUACAAGCCUGUUGUGAACUGUAUCUGUGGUGCAAUUCAACCUCUUAUUGCUCAUGCUGAAACUGAGCAUGUUAUGUCUUUCUUGAUGGGAUUGAAUGAUUCUUUCUCCCAAGUUCGUGGUACCUUGCUGCUCAUGGAUCCUAUUCCGCCUAUCAAUAAGGUUUUCUCUCUUGUUAUUCAAGAGGAGAAGCAGCGCGAGGUCAGCAAUGGUGCUGGUAGCUCAGCCACUACAACACAAGCUUUUGCUGCGACUGCAAGCUCCCAGGGAGGCUCUCCAGCAAAGUGCUUUAAGCUCCAUGGUUAUCCUCCUGGAAUGAAGCCAAAGUCUAAGCCUUCUACACAUGCAGUAGCUGAUCAAUCCAGUGGCACAUUUCAGAAUGCUGUUACUACUUUGUCACCAGCACAAUGCAACCAGUUGAUUCAACUACUUACAAAUCAACUCACCACUACUUCUCCGGACUCAGUUGAUGUUCCUGAAUCCUCAGGCACCAAGUCAGCCACUGUUACUUUACCCAACAAGACUCACAUCUCAGUUCAGGGCAUUGGUACUGUUCAUUUGACACCAAGUCUUGUCUUGCACAAUGACAGCCUCAAUUUGAGAAUGAUUGGGAAGGCUAAACCCAAAUCUGGAUUGUAUUACCGAGACACUAGGACUUUGGAUGAGACCUGCAAGUUGCAAUUUCUUUCUUUUACUUCUGCUGUAAAUAGUACCAAAGCUAGCUCUGUUGUUUCAUCUUUUACACCUUGUACAAAGUCAGCAUAUUUCUUUGGGUUAGAGAUUGCUAGAUCUAAAGCAGGCAUCUUCUUAAACCAGAGGAAAUAUACACUAUCUCUUCUUGAGGAUACUGGAUUUCUAGGAGCACAACCCACAACCCUUCCUAUGCAGCCUCAUCUCAAGUUGAACUCCAAUGAUGGAGAUCUUUUACCCGAUGCCACACAAUAUCGACGACUUGUUGGCAGGUUGCUUUACUUGACAUUAUCACGCCCAGAUAUUACUUUUUGUGUUCAUAAGCUUAGUCAAUUUCUGUCCCAGCCAAGAACAUCACACCUUGAUGCAGUGCAUUAUCUUCUCCGCUACUUGAAAGGCACACCAGGACAAGGAGUUUUCUUUUCUUCUACUUCAUCACUUAAGCUUCAUGCUUUUUCUGAUGCUGAUUGGGCCACAUGCCCUGACACUCGCUGGUUGGUUAUUAUUUAG